ACGAUGUGUGUCCGUUGAGGGUUCCCGUUCCCUGUUUGAUAUGAGUUUAUAAGUUUCUUGAAACCCAUUUAGUUGUCAGCACCUAGUCUUUUCACCGCUCUCGUGUCAGCAAACGUCGUGUCGUGACCUUAAGGUCAGGAAGGUUCGUGCGUUAACUGGAACGUCGUAAUGGAUGAACUAGAUUUUGUAAUUAUAAAAUUUCCUGCGGAGGACAAUGAUGUGGCUGUUGCUCAUGCAUGCUGGGUCGACGGUAACUUCUGCUGGUGGCCACCUGAGAAAAAUCCAAGCAAACUGCGCUCUUUGAUCAUCAGGGGACAGGUUCCACAGCCAAACUGGAAGCGGGUGCCAUGCAUUGUAAUCGGCAGAUUUCGUACAUACGAAGAAGCGAGACGGAAACUUCUCGAUGCUGAGAACACGUCUGACUUGCAGUCGGAUAUCGACCACUGUCGAGUGCGAAAGAAGCGGCGACGACUCAUCAGCGCCAGCGACUCUGAGAGUGAUGCGGAACCCAUAUUGCCUGCACCCCCUGACAUCACAGCAUUUCGUAACCAAGAAUUGCACAGAGAACAGACUUCUGUGGUGCAAGCAAAGUGCCAUUCAAGGCCGACGACAGCUCCUCCAAGUACUGUAGCACACAGGACGUUUUCGUCUGGGAAUCUCAAACGAUCUGCAGGAAGCGGAGAAUGGCAUCAUGAACCGCCUUCUGUGGUGCAAGCAGAGUGCCACUCAAGGCCAACGACAGCUCCUCCAAGUACUGUUGCACACAGGACGUUUUCAUCUGGGAAUCUCUCACAACCUGCAGGAAGCAGAGAAUUGCAUCAAGAAUCGACUUCAGUGAUGCAAGCAGAGUGCCACUCAUGGUCAACGACAGUUCCUCGAAGUGCAUUAGCACACAGGACAUUUUCAUCUGGCAAUCUCGCACAGUCUGCAGGAAGCACAGAUUGUCUUGGGGAUCCUGUGCAGUGGUCGCAAACAGGAAGUCUCAGUGAGGGGUGCCACUCAGGUCGUUCAACACCUUUGUAUGCUCCUCCUGUCACUGGCAACCCAACUGGGCAUGUGGCUUAUUUUCCAUCUUCUCUGAUGGCUUCUGAAAUGACUUUAAGAGACAUGGCUUCACCAUCUCCAAGCCAUGUCAUGUUUCCAGUUGACAAAGAGCAAGUCUGUGAGCCAGUUUCAAGAGCGCAGCAUCGAAGUGUUGUUCAGUUACGCCAUGGAGGAAGUACUCAAGAUGUUUAUCACACCAAUAGUGCGACUGUUCACAGCCCACUGCAGCGGAACAUUAGUCAGUCGUCGUCUGCUUCAUCUACUGCUAGAAGUAGCCCAGCAUUAACAGGAGCAUUUGAGAACGAAGUGCUGCGACUCCUGCAUGCUGUGAGGCUUAUCCUAGAGGAUCACAGUUCACAACUCAAUACUCUCAUGUCUGCCGUCGAACGUCGCCCACAUGCAACCGACCCUGAGGACCCCAGUACCCUCCAGCCACAUGAAGAGUUGAACAUAUUUCUUGACUUCGACCUGUCCCUGGCAUAGGGAGAAGAGAUGGCAAAACUGAUAAGGAAACUCCAACAGUUUGGUGGCACGAACCUCAGGGAUGCCAUACAGAGGCUUCUGAGAGCACUUAUGUCUGAUGAAGUAGCGUCCGCCUUUAGCUGGAAAGGUGGAAAAGGCAAAAACAAGUUUUGCGACCUCCGAUGCAGUGAAGCAAUUUUCCGUUGCAUCAAGUCAAACCGUCUACUGAAAAAUCCCACGGACAGUGAAAUCGAAGGCCACAUUAAAUCAUGGCUCCGUCACGCGAAGGAACGCCAUGAUCGGAAAUCGACUGGAGCACAGCGCACAGCAUCAUUCAGUGAGGACUGUACGUAGUCUUUUGAAGGCAUACUUGUGAAAUCUGCUACUUGGACAGCACUGUGGGCCCACGUACGUGCCAGAGGUACCCCGUGGAUUUAAUGUCGGAGGCAUGGUGCAGUAAUCACUGUAUGGUACAUGCUUGUCAGCUGCCACAUAACAAGAGCACCAUUGCAGCUCCCAUAAUUACAAUACUGGAUUUGUUAUCUGUGUAUGAGGCACAUAUACAGUUUGGACAAAAGCUCCCUUUUUUUGCGUCAUAAAUGAGUCUUGAGCCUAUUGUUUUAUAUAUGCCAGAGCUGUUUAACUUAAUUUUAGAGGUAUCAGAGGUUCCACAAUGAUCACUGGUCUGGCUGUAUGCAAAAUUUUGAUUUGUGGAAAUUAUUAAAUUUGGGUUUCUUCACUGCAGGCCUACGUACCAGUGAAUACACUGGGGUGAUAUGUGGAUGGGCAUAAACAGAGAGAUUCAGGGAGGCAAAACAAGCUGGUGCUGGUAACUGAGGAAGUCUUGUGCAUCGUAGAACAUGAAAAAACAAUGUGCAAGUUUCCGGCGAUAACGAUUCACAAGUAAACAGAAAACGGUCAAG